GUAGCAGGUCCAGGCCCAGAAAAUCAUUUUCAUAAUCAUAACAAGAAAAUUACAGUGCAAGCAAACCGUCAACCUUUUAAUAAAUAAAAAAUAGCCGUCUCUUCUCUCCAUUUGUUUAGCUUCCAACACAAGCUGCUUCUGCUGCACACUAAAGAGGCCGUUAAAACCGCCCAAACCACUUAUUACUCUACUCGUUUCCAAUUCCACACUAGACACUACUCUACUCACUUUCUCAACCAUUUUCUUUCACACUCCUACUUUCAAGAUUUGAUUUUUAUAAAAAAAAGGAAUCAUGUUGGAGAUUAAAAAGGAGCUCAUGGAUUUCAAUUUUGAUUCACCUCAUCCAGAUGGACUCCAUUUGUGUCGUCUUUCUUCGCUCAAUUAUCGCAAUAGCAAUACCUUUCUUCUGGAAUCAACCCCUAGUGCAAGAAAAAAAGCACAAUCUAGACGUUGGACAGCGGAAGAGGACAACCUUUUGAUUGAUACGGUCAAGAAGCACAACGGAAGGAACUGGAAGAAAAUAGGUGGACGUGGCAGUAUCUCUGCAUACCUCCCUGGGCGAACUGACGUCCAAUGCUUGCAUCGCUGGCAAAAGGUUUUAAAUCCUAAUCUUGUAAAGGGUUCAUGGACAAAGGAGGAAGAUGAUUGCCUCAUUGAACUAGUCAAAAAGUAUGGUAUCAAGAGGUGGUCCGUUAUUUCCAAAUACUUACCAGGUCGGAUUGGAAAGGGAUGCCGAGAGAGGUGGAACAAUCAUCUUGAUCCGGCUAUAAAGAAGGAUGCAUGGACAGAGGAGGAGGAACAAAUACUUGCUUACUGUCACCAAAUAUAUGGCACUAAGUGGUCAGAAAUUGCAAGGCUUCUUCCCGGAAGGACUGACAAUGCUAUAAAAAAUCAUUGGAACUGCUCAAUGAAGAAGAAAUUGGAUGCAUCACCAUUUGGGUGUGACAUAAAUGCUACCACUUCCAGUUUCAUUGCUUCUCAAAUAAAGCCAGCACAUGUUUUGGUUAAAGUCGAGAGUCAAACUUUCAACGAAAUGCGCAGUGUUGAUAACUUUCCAACAAAAUUGAUUCUUCAAAAUACUCCAGUAGAGGAAUCUUUCUCCGAAGAAAACUGUUUUGAGGGGGAGACUCCUAAGGCCUCAAGACAAGGUGUUGAAAGCAGAUUGGAUAAUUUACCAAAUGAGAUUCACCAUGUUACAUGUUGCAAAGACAAUGCAGCCAACCUUUUUUGCACAAUUAAUCAUAUGGACUCGUUUAUGGAUAAUUCUCCAGAUAUGCUUGCAUCAAAUUUGGAUUAUUUACCUCUUGCAAGUACUGUUACAUACGAGGCCUGUAAAUCUCGCAAACGGCAAAUGGUUUCUUUUUCAGAUGCAAAGUAUAAUUUGGGUGAGAAGAAAGGUCAAGAAGGAUGGGGAAGCAACAACAAAAUCAACAGUAUGCGACUUGCAGAUGACAUACGUAAUGAAUAUGCUUACUUUCCUGUUGAACAUCCCCCGGUGGAAGAUUUGGUGCUCCCCACAGUAUUCAGUGGAUGUCUAAGUCCAAAAACACACAUGGCAUGUGCAGAUAAUAACGGUUGUACUCCCCCAUCGUCUAUACUCAGGAAUUACAUAGGCGAUAUCAGCCCUGAAACUGUGCUAAGAAGCUUAGCAAUGACCUAUCAGAAUGUUCCUUCUAUUAUAAGGAAAAGGACUCCUUGGAAGGCAACCUAUCGUGACAGUCACCAAAAACCUUCCAGAGUCAUCGUCUGUACUCCUGAAACGGAACGUGUUACUACUGGCCUAGAUAAUUUAGAACUGAAUAAGGGGUUUAUUUCAUUCCUUCGUUAACCAAAUAUAUAGAUUUUGUUUUUGAUGAGUAUCAAUUGUAAUAUUUCACAUGCAGCUAAAUUUUAUUCAAAUGCGUUUUCUUUUAAA